UGGCUCACAUGGUCACAAAGCCAGCAGGCUUGCCCACAGAAGCAGCGAGCCUUCCUGUUGAUGUAGCUCCCCUUGCUCCUCUGCUCAGGCAGCAGGGACUUCUCACACACAGACUGUAGCAGGCAUUUGCCUCGGCAGAUGGGUUUGGGCUUCCAAAUGGCCUGUCCGCAAGCCUGCAGCAUUGUCUGUUCCGGUUUACACUCCCACCGCCAGCGUAUGAGAUUUCCUGUUAUCCAUCUUCAACACCAGUGUUAAGUGUACUAGUCUUUAUUCUAUUAGAAAGUCGACGAUGGCCACAGACGUGAAGACCCAGUUGGCUGAACAUCCAUUGAUGAGUCCCAGAUGCCUUAGAGGCCAAUGGAGGACGGCACAGAAAACUCAGGGGCCUGGUCAGCGAAAUCCUCAGAGGGCCCCGAGGCCCUUGCUUAGCAUAUCCAGAGCCCACCUCUUCUCCAGAGGGCCUCCCUUCAGCCAGGGCCACCGGGAAAAGGGAAUGCAGACAGCCAGCAGUCCAAGGGCUGAGCUGAAGCCUGAAAAGAAGUCAGGGCACAGGCCAAGGAGCCACGGGGACAACGGGCCACAGAAAGAACUGAUGAUCCCAGGGAUCGUGGAUUUCCAGCUGAUCCAAACAGCACUGAAGACCCCCAAGCCCCAGACCCCUGGGGCCUACCGCUUUGGCCGCCUCAGCCACCACUCCUUCUUCUCCCGGCACCACCCUCACCCACAACGUGUGACCCACAUCCAAGGCCCUCCUUCCCACAGCCUCUCACCCUUCGCAGAUCUCACCGGGAAGCCCGUCUGUGUCGUCAGAGACGAGUUCUCUGUGGCCCCCUUGCCUCAAGCCACACUUUUAUCCCGCUGUCUGAUGGGGUUGCCCACCAUCUCUGUCCCCAUCGGAGACCCGCAGUCUAAUCGGGAACCCCGGCUUUCUUCUGGCCUCUCAAUGCCAGGUACCACAGGGAAGGCAGGAGGACCCCGGGUUUCAGCUGGCAAUGUCUUCCCAGAGGCAUGGAAGAAGGAGUUGAGAGACCUGGCUUCCCGGGUGGCCGUCUUCACCAAGGAGAAUGAGCUGAAGAGCAAAGAGAAGGAGGAGCCUCAGCGGGAGCAAGGGGCAAAGUACUCGGCCGAGACUGGGAGGCUCAUCCCCACUUCCACCCGAGUCAUUGGUCGCCGCCACUCCCGCCAGGGCCCACGGAUGUAUUCUUCUGGCAAAGAUGAAGGAGUCCAGACUGUUUUCCUAAAGGAUCAUGAGCUGCUGGGCGGCCUCAUCUUGCCUGGAAUUAGGUUCUCGGGUCCUGUGGGGAGGGGGCCCCGGGCAGGACUCCAGGGGCUACACCUCCUACCACGGGUCCCAACUCCAGGCAACCGUAGCCACAGCCACCGUCAGCAGCCUGGCCUAGGGAGCCCCCGUAGCCCAUCCUGCUACACAGAGCUGGAGCUCCCCCCGAUGAUACGAGACUGGAGGCUGCAGGGGAAAGAGGGCCCGGCGGUGGCAGAGAUGCCAGAGGCUGAGGAAGCGGCCGAGGGUGAAGCGUUCAUGCUGCUUGGCGGGAUGGAGCCCCACGCGGGGUCAUCUGCAGCAUCAGCCAGCCCUGACCCCCAGCCCGCCCGCUGGGAUCUCCCCACCUCUGUGCUAGUGUCUCCAGACCCUGGGAGCUCCAGGGUGGGGAGGCCCGUGGGGUCCCUGAAACCCCCACGCCAAGGACCCAGGGAUCCGGGACUCGGUCCUGGAGCUCCUUUGUCAGAUCCUGCAGACAGACUCCCUGAGCGCUAUCCAGUUCUGGCUACUUUACGCUCCCCCAAAAGAGAAAGACCUGGCCCUGGGACUCCUGCAAACAGCCGUGGCUCAGCAAUUUCCACAGCCCCUAGCCUCUAUCCCGUUGGAAAAACUUCUCCAUCAGCUCCAGGAAUUCCAAGAGCCAUCUCAAGAGAAGAAACAGCCGCCCUACAGCCAAUCCCCGAAGAAGACGAAGACCCCACCACUACCCAAAGGCGACCAACCAGAGUACAUCGGGAGAGCACAAAUUCUCCGGAUGCAUCUGAACCAGAACACAGAAGACAGAAAUUCAAAGCCAAAGGCAGAAUGCGGAGUCUGAGUCCCUUUGGCCACCUUGCUCAGGAGCUGUCCCCAGGUUCGGGGCUGCUCCCAGUUCACCCACCUCAACAGCAACACCGACUUUCCUAUCACACGGAACCUAUUAAAAGGCUGCCUUCCCCCUAAGAGGACAAUUCCA